UCUCUCAUUAAUAAGGAUGUGAGACAACUCAUAUAAUCGGUGGUUUUGCUGCGAAACAAUAUCAUAGGUAAAUGUUUAUGAUCAGGGCCCUCUGAUCGGGUGGUUUUGCUGCAUGUAGGCACCAUUAUAUUACGAUCAUGGCUAAAGCCAUAUGCUCUUCAAUGGCUAACAACCUUGAGUAAUGAAUCAACACAUAGGCUUGAUAAGGCACUAAACCUUGUGAUAGCUAAGGCUAGCUUGAAUUUUCCCUUUAAACACUCACCCUAGGUCUAUAAGGUAUCUUUUGAUAAAGCAAUUUAUGACUGCUGAUAAGGAUCUUUUGGUUAGGUCGGGCCCAUUACCUCCUACCUCCUUUUAACUGAGUAGACUAGAGACUAUGACAACCCGAGACCAUCAUGGGAUAUUGAUCUAGUUUGUAAUCAUUUGUCCCACCAUUCGCUUUAAGUGCAAGGCGAUAAAAUUUUAAAUCCUAAGUAGUAAAAUUUGUUGCUACUAUAUGUUGGGUACUAAGUGCCUAUAUGAUGACUAACCAUAAUUGAAAAUGCUCUCUCGUUACCGGGAGGGAUAAUUAACUAUAGGGGCUUGACUCUUGAGCCUACGAGAAGCUUGAACUCAUAUCUAAAGCCUUCACAAAAUGAUGGUGAAAUAUCUGAAUAGCACAUUAUCUUCAAUCUGAUAUGCCUUCGGAAAAUUAAAACUGAGAUAUAUCCAUUAAAACACUUUGGAAACACGGCGAGGCUGAGGCAUGAAAUUUUUGGACUUACAGAAAGCUUGAAUUUGGUAUCCAUUAUGUUGGUAGCUCAAGUUUGAAUUGAAUUAUGUAAGCCUCCAACUUGGAAAAGUAAUUGUGUUUUGAGUUAUAUAGUCUUCAUGUUGAAAAUUCAAGCAAAUGAAUCUUAAGUUGGUAGCAACCAAUCUAAAAAAAAAACAAGCUCAAAUCUCAUCUAAGAUAGUUAGACUCUUCAUACAGUCUCCCUGGGGUGUAGGGAUAAGCAUAUGUGCAUGAACUCCUCUAAAGGUGCUGCAUUUGCAGGAGUUUCAUGCAUUGGGCUAUUCCAUUUUUAUGCAAUGGAUGCUCGGUUAUAAUUUGAUUUUCUUAUUCUUGCUAUAAAUUAUCUUAAUUGAACUUUUAUUCACCAAUCAACUUUAUUGAGCAGCUAAAUCUGCGAGUUUGGAUUUUAUAAUGAAAUGCUUGUGCAGGUUCCAUCAGGAGAAGUCUUAACCUUUGGUGAUGAUAACUUUAUCAUGUUUGAAGAAGUGGGCGUUAAAGAAGCACGGAAAGCAGCAUUUGUUCUUGUUGCAGGAGGCCUUGGAGAACGCCUGGGAUACAAAGGAAUUAAGGUUGCUCUUCCUUCUGAGACCACAACCGGAACAUGCUUCUUACAAAAUUAUAUAGCGUGUAUCCUUGCUCUACAGGAGGCUAGCUGUAAACUCUUGGAAGAUAAGUAUCCCGUUGAGAUUCCUUUUGUCAUAAUGACAUCAGAUGAUACCCAUACGCCCACUUUAAAGCUUUUGGAAUCUAAUUCUUUUUUUGGAAUGAAGCCUGGACAAGUGAAACUACUUAAGCAGGAAAAAGUGGCGUGCUUAGAUGAUAAUGAUGCUAGAAUUGCAUUAGACCCUAAUGACAAGUACAUGAUUCAGACUAAACCUCAUGGCCAUGGUGAUGUGCAUUCUCUUCUUUAUAAUAGUGGCCUCCUGAACAUAUGGCAUGAUGCCGGUCUAAGAUGGGUUCUAUUCUUCCAAGAUACUAAUGGACUACUAUUUAAGGCAAUUCCAGCUUCGCUGGGAGUAAGUGCCACUAAGGGAUAUCAUGUUAACUCUCUUGCUGUUCCUCGCAAAGCCAAGGAAGCUAUUGGUGGAAUAACUAAACUUACUCAUGCAGAUGGAAGGACAAUGGUUAUUAAUGUGGAGUACAAUCAGCUCGAUCCUCUACUUAGGACAACUGGACAUUCUGAUGGAGAUUCCAAUUGUGAAACUGGAUACUCUCCCUUCCCUGGCAAUAUAAAUCAGCUUAUUUUGGAACUUGGACCAUACAUUGAAGAGCUGAAUAGAACACAUGGUGCUAUCGCAGAGUUUGUCAACCCUAAAUACAAGGAUUCUAGUAAGACUUCAUUCAAAUCCUCAACUCGGUUGGAAUGUAUGAUGCAAGAUUAUCCAAAAACACUUCCCCCAACUGCAAGGGUGGGAUUCACAGUCAUGGAUGCCUGGCUCGCCUAUGCUCCUGUUAAGAAUAACCCGGAAGAUGCCGCCAAGGUGCCCAAGGGAAAUCCAUACCACAGUGCAACAUCUGGAGAAAUGGCAAUCUACAGGGCGAACAGUCUCAUCCUAAGAAAGGCUGGAGUUCAAAUAGCUGAUCCUAUAACUACAGUGUUCAAUGGUCAAGAAGUGGAAGUUUGGCCACGAAUCACAUGGAAACCAAAAUGGGCUCUGAUAUUUUCGGAUGUGAAAAAGAAAGUAAAUAAAGGAUGUUCUGUUUCCCAGAGAUCUACCCUGGUCAUUAAUGGAGAAAAUAUUUAUUUCGGAGGCCUCUCGUUGGAUGGAGCACUUCUGAUCAAUGCUGUUAGUGAAGCUGAGGUUCAAGUCACUGGUUCAGUCGAAAACAAAGGAUGGGCUUUCAAGCCCAUUGAUUUUAAAGACAACUCCUUACCCGAGGAAAACCGGAUUAGAGGAUUUGUAAUUGAAAAGCUUGAGCAGUUAGAGAAGAACUAUAGUGAGCCAGGACAAUUCUCUCUCCACUAAUUAAUUUUGAUAGCAGAAUGUUGGAGCACUUGAGCUUUGUUUGAGACAACUUUUUUACUACUUUCUAAAACAACAUUUUAGUACAAAAAUUUAAAAAGCUGUUUCAGAAAGCAAUAAAAAAACUGUUCCAAACAAAAUCUUAAUUGUUUAAUUGUUUCGAGGCUGUUUUAAUUUGUUCAUAAUGCCUCAAUAAUAAGUGAACAGUUCUCUCUGCAAGAUUUCUUACACUGACUCGCAUCUCUAACCAAAUAAUUGCGAGCAUUAUUUGUAACCAAACUCUACACAUAUUGCACUCUUGUUUAUGUAUUCUGGAUUCAAUUCAUAAAGUUCCUAUUUUUUUUGUGUUUUUUA